GUGUCUGUCGGUAGCGUUUGGCGAGGGAAGUGCCACCGUGUCCAAAGUGAGUCUGUGUGUAGACGUCUUGUUUACAGUGGCUCUGCCAGGCCUGUGAAAUCCUGGUGGCGAACAACGUGCUACAGGUUUAUUGCUUCCAUAUAUUCUUUCGUUACAAGGGUCAGUGUAUGAAACCUCCAAUCUGGAUCGAGGCGCCAGCAACAGGAAGAAGAAGAUAGAGGAAUUCUCUAGGUCUUCUCGGGAGAAACUAGUCCAGUCGAAGAACAAGAUGUUCUCCAAAUUUACGUCCAUUCUCCAGCACGCUGUGGAAGCGCUUGCGCCAUCGCUGCCCUUACAGGAGGACUUUGUAUAUCACUGGAAGGCUAUCACACAUUAUUACAUUGAGACUUCUGAUGACAAAGCCCCAGUCACAGACACCAACAUCCCAUCCCACCUGGAACAGAUGCUGGACAUUCUGACUCAGGAGGAAGGGGAAAGGGAGUCUGGAGAGACGGGACCCUGCAUGGAGUAUCUCCUGCACCACAAGAUCCUGGAGACUCUCUACACCUUGGGCAAGGCAGAUUGUCCUCCGGGGAUGAAGCAGCAGGUGCUAACCUUCUACACGAAGCUUCUGGCGCACAUUCGUCAGCCCCUUCUGCCGCACAUCAACGUCCACAGACCUGUACAAAAACUAAUCCGUCUAUGUGGGGAGGUGCUGGCUGCUCCUACAGAAAAUGAAGAGAUCCAGUUCCUCUGCAUAGUUUGUGCCAAGCUGAAGCAGGACCCGUACCUUGUCAACUUCUUCCUUGAGAACAAAGCAAAGAGACCUGAAAUAAAGAGUCCUGUGGAAACAGAGGGGGUGAAGGAGAACGCUUUGGCUCCGGACACUGGUCAGUCUCCUGCAGAUCAACAGGCUGGCCACCGAGAGGAGCCACAGGCUGCCGCCGCUGCCGACGCCGCCGCUUCUGCCACCUCUAGUCCAACAAGUAACAACAACAACAGCAACAAUUACAAUCUGGUCACAUCCCUGCUCAACCUCACAAAGAGUCCUGAUGGCAGGAUAGUGGUGAAGGCAUGUGAGGGUCUGAUGCUGCUGGUCAGUUUACCGGAGCCCGCUGCUGCCAAGUGUUUAACCGAAAACACUGAGCUCUGUGAGCUUCUGACCGACAGGCUGGUCGCCUUCUACAAAGCCCUGCCACAGUCCAUGGACCCCUUGGACAUUGAGACAGUAGAGUCGGUCAACUGGGGUCUCGAUGUUUAUAACCUGAAGGAGGACGCCGCUGUCUUCACAGGGAAGAGAGCUCUCAUCUCCUUCCUGUCGUGGCUAGAUUACUGCGACCAGCUCAUCAAGGAGGCUCAGAAAUCGGCAGCUGUAGUUAUGGCAAAAGCCGUGAGAGAAAGAUUCUUUGUGUCUGUGAUGGAACCGCAGCUCAUGCAGACAUCCGAGGUGGGCAUCCUGACCUCCACGGCCCUGCUGAACAGGAUAAUCAGGCAGGUGACAUCGGAGGCUCUGCUGCAGGAGAUGGUUUACUUCCUCCUGGGAGAAGACAAAGAGGCUGAGACUCCGGCUACGAUGGCUCAGAAUCCACUGAGACACAGACUCAUCGAGCACUGUGAUCACCUGUCUGAUGAGAUCAGCAUCAUGACGCUGCGGCUGUUUGAGCAGCUUAUCCAGAAGCCCAACCAGCACAUCCUCCACAGCCUGGCGCUGCGCAGCCUGGAGGAGAGGAACUACCUGGAGAACAAGCCGCAGGAGGAGCGGGAGCCCCUGGAGAACGGGCAGCCGCACGAUGCAGUAGACCUCGAGGAGGACCCUCUGUUCGGCGACGAACCCUCCACAGAACACAGGCUGUCUGGCUCCGACUGGUUCAGUGCGUCUCCGCCGCAGAGUCCCGACCACUGCAAGUCUGACGGGAAGACAGAAGUCCACAAAAUUGUCAACAGUUUCCUGUGUUUGGUGCCCGAUGAGGCCAAGUCGUCGUAUCACGUUGAAGGCACAGGCUAUGACACCUACCUCAGAGACGCACACAGACAGUUCAGGGACUACUGUGGCGUCUGCCAGCGGUGGGACUGGAGAGGGAAUCCAAAGCCUUUGGAGAAAUGUAACUUGGACGCCCCGUUCUUUGAGGGCCACUUCCUCAAGGUCCUUUUCGACAGGAUGGGACGCAUCUUGGAUCAGCCGUACGACGUCAACCUGCAGGUGACCGCCGUGCUGUCCAAGCUGUCUCUGUUACCACAUCCCCACCUGCACGAGUACCUGCUGGACCCCUAUAUUAACCUGGCCCCUGGCUGCAGGUCCCUGUUCUCCGUCAUCGUCAGGGUGGUCGGAGAUCUCAUGUUGAGGAUUCACCGCAUCCCGGACUUCACACCCAAGCUGCUGCUCGUGAGGAAGAGAUUACUAGGCCUGGAGCCCGAAGGCAUCAACAUCGACCACGUGACUCUGCUGGAGGGCGUGAUAGUGCUGGAGGAGUUCUGCAAAGAGCUGGCAGCCAUCGCCUUCGUCAAAUACCACGCAGCUGCCUCAUCCUCGCCCUCGCCCUAAUCUUCCUGCUGUUCCUCCAUCUGCCUCGGCCAGGACGGCAGGUCUGACUGAAGCUGGGCCGCCGGGGCGCGGUGGCAUCGGUGGCACAGGGUUCGGCAAAAGCAUCACCACUAACCGGUCAUCCCCCCGCACGACUGUUAAAAACCCACACAGAUGGGUUUCAUCACCCUCUCCCUCCCUCCCCCACACACACAUCCCUUCCUCUGACCUCUCAGGCUCCACCAUAAUAAGUCUUUGGUCUUGUUCUGGAGCAGGUCAGAGCACAGACACUGCCCAGCCGGAGGAGGAGGAGGAGGAGGAGGAGGAUAGAGAUGGAGGUGCAGAGAGAUGUUCACUGGACUCUUUUCAGCCUCUGCAGUUUCUCUCACUGCCCCCUUUUCCCAUCGUCCUUUUUCACCAGCCAAACAUGAACAGCCCCUGUAAUUAUUAUUAUCAAGCAGAAAAGACGCUUGCGUAUUUAUUUUUUUCGGUCCCAUUUCCACCCAUUUGUAAAUGUCAUUGCCUUAGUGUGGAGUCACACCUUUCAGUUCCAGAGAAUUGUUUCCUUUUGAAACAUUUUUAUCUUUACCCCUCACGUGUUGUCUGUUUGAAGACAAGAGGCUGUGGAGAAGAAGAAAAAAAAAGAAAAAAGAAAAUAACCUUUGAUCCCUAUAUGUACCUGUAGUUACAAAGAGGUGUAGUAUUUAAGAUACUGCGCUCGUGUUUUAAAUGCCAAGUCUUCUUAUUUAUUCGUUUGCUUUCAGGUUGCCUUUUUUUAAAGUGACGUCGUGUUGAGAUAAAAGAAUCGAAGCAGUCAGAGCAACGGCUGACUGAGCAGAUCGAUCCCCUCGGCUUGUCUUUUUAAGUGCUCGUCUGUAAUCACCGUCAUCCAAAGAUGUCACCAUCCAUCACGUUUUCCUACAUGAAAUGGUGAAUUUGCAAGUUAAUGCGAAUUUGCACAUGGACCUCACUUCACUGCGUUGCACUUGUUACAGUAUGAGUCGAUUCACAGGGAAUGUCGUGUCGGCAUCAGUGGAGAGAGACGCCUCGCUUUGGAUUCCGCCUUUUUUUUUUGUUGUUGUUGUUUAUUUUUCUUAUGAAAUGUCAUUCUCCAGACCCAGUGUUGCAUUUAUUACAAACACCAGUGUUGGUUAUACCUAGUGUAAUUGUUCUGGCACCCUCUCUCAAUAAUUUAUUUGCUUUAAUCCAAAAAAAAAGAACCAUAUAAUGUUAUCAAGUAGUGUCUUAAGCUGUUAACGAUUUAAUGAGUGAUACUAACGUCUCAAUUAAAACCUGAGAAGUUAGUAUUUGAUGCUAUUUUUUUUUAUUUGAAAUUGUCAAAUAAUUUAUAAGAACAACAGCAAAGAUUGUUUAUAUAGAAUCUAAAAGAGAAACCUUGAAUUACAGGACGCCCCUCACAGGAUAUCACGAUGCCCUGCGAGGUGGUGCGUUUACUUGCAGUAUUACUAUUUCGUCUUAAUCUUCAGCGACGAGAACGUGCUCUCGGUGCUGUGUAUUUGCUGGAACAGGUUGUAUAACGCCUGCGUAUAUAUUUCUGGGUGGGGCCUGUGACUGAUCAGUUAUUCAUCACAUAUGAUUUGAUUUCUCCGUGUGAAUGUUUGCGUGUAAUCGAGGUUUUAUUUACCUGUGUGUUUGCGUGUGUCCUGGUAAAGCGAUGAACGGACGGUCAUUCGUUGAAGCCAUGAGUCUUUUCUUUUCUUCUGAUCCCACCUCAAACCCGUCACUCUCCCGAAGCACCUAAAGCGACAUUAUGCAACAGCUUGCAUGGAAUAUCAGAUUUGCACAUUGUCUUCAUCCUUGUUUGUACACACGUUUUUUUUUUUUCUCCAAAUGUUUUGUUUCCUCAACCAAAAAAAAAAAAAAAAGUUAAGGAAGUCCCAGGAGGAGGAGGAACAUUUCUAUUUUAACGGGAAACACUUUUUAAGUUGUCAAUCAUGCACAUUUUUAAAUCGAGUAUCUUUCCAACGUCGUCUGUACAGUUGUAUAAUGUCUGUGUACAAUAGCAAUAGAGAUAUACUACCUGGUGUAAAUGCAUGCUUUUUAUUUUUCAUUGCUGUGAGCGGGAGAGAGAAAAGGCGGUUCAGACAUAUGUGAUGACGUAUUAGCUGUCAGCACUUUGGUCUGUGAAGACACUGAAGGGACGAUGCCUUACUCUAACUGGGGAUGUCUUGAAUGGAUGUGAGAGGGGUUCAGAUUCACUGCAAUUAAUUGUGAUUUUAUUCUGCUUAUGUUACAUUGGCUUUUUGUUUGGGUUGAUGUACAGGACUCUCAGUAUAAAAAAAAAAAAAAAAAUGCCAAUUUAAUUU